CUGUGUGUGGGACAUAAAAUAAACUCUUUUCUUUGCGUCCGUCACUCAGCUGUCUCCAGAAGCCGUCAUCAUGCCUGACACUGCAGAGGCCCACUCACACUCCCUCUGCACCAACCGCAACUGCACCAUCGAGCUCACCAAUGUCAGCUCCGUCUACUGUCUCGUCAACCCAAGGGUGCACAUGGAGAGUGGCUUCCCCAUGAGCCCUCCACAGCCGACCGUGCGGACCACCAAGACCGAGCUGUGCUCUUUUGUCAAGGACGACCACACGGCAUCGGGCGCUGUGGGCGUCAUGACCUACGAGCUGUUCAACAUGAAGGACCGCCACUGCAACGAGAUCAUUGCUGUCAUGUUUUCGGUGCCGUUCGACUACAACUUCUACAAGAACUGGCUCGGGGUGGGCAUAUUCGAACACACACGAGCCUGUGAUGAGACGCUGUUCAAACACAUGUACAACGAAAAGAAUUUCACCAACUUUGUGCGCCACGAGGCCGACGGCUCAGGGGUGACUUACAAAGGGAGGGGGGUUGACCUCAUGGCCACCAUGUCCGACGAGGGCAAGGCCAUUAUUAAACUGGAGUUGUAUGACAAGAUGUGAGUGUUCGUCAUGAGUGCAUUGGUGUAGAAUACAUUGUU